CCGCCUCCGCCGCCUCUUCCUCCGGUGGCGGCGGCGGCGGCGGCGGGAGCGACGGCCGGAGCAUCCCCUUCCCCGGCGGCGGCGGCCAGCGGGGCGCCUCCUGCCGCUGCUCCGGUUCCGCCGCCGGCAGCAGCAGCAGCAGCCGCCGCCGUGGCAGUGGCCGGGACCCCUCCUGCUGCUGCCGCCGCCGCUGCGGUGCCACCGCCGCCUCACCCCGCCGGCAUCAGGGCUCUGCAGGCCCCGCCGCCCCAACAAAUCCCCCGGGGUCCUGUACAGCAGCCCCUGGAGGAUCGGAUCUUCACUCCCACCGUCUCGGCUGUGUACAGCACGGUUACGCAGGUGGCCAGACAGCCGGGCCCUCCUGCCCCCUCCCCUUACUCUGCUCAUGAAAUAAACAAGGGGCAUCCGGCCCUUGCCGCCACACCCCCCGGACAUGCCUCCUCCCCUGGACUCACUCAGCAGCCAGGAGGGAGGAGGGACAGAAGCUUCCCACCCCACCCAAGAGCCAGCAGUCUUUUUGAAGAUCCAAGGGAACUGGUGCAAAGGAUUCUGGGAUGUGGGAUGGCUCCAUACCCCGCGGGACAGAACGCAGCGCCCACCACGCUGGUGUACCCCCAGGCCCCUCAGGCGAUGAGCACGCAGCCUCAGACCCGCUCUCCGUUUGCAGCCGGGCCUCGACCUGCCCACCACCAGUUUUUCCAGAGGCCUCAAAUCCAGCCCCCUCGAGCUACGAUCCAGAACAGCAGCCCCUCCCUCCGCCCAGGCGCACAAACCCCUACGGCUGUCUAUCAGGCCAAUCAGCACAUCAUGAUGGUCAACCACCUCCCGAUGCCCUAUCCGAUGCCUCAGGGGCCCCAGUACUGUAUUCCACAGUAUCGGCACAGCGGUUCUCCUUACGUGGGCCCCCCGCAGCAGUAUCCUGUUCAGCCCCCAGGGCCUGGCCCCUUUUAUCCAGGACCGGGGCCUGGAGAAUUCCCCAACGCCUAUGGUAAGACGUUCCCUUAGCGAAAUAGGCUCUCU